GAAAGCUAUGCUCAGAGGAAACAGUGGACAGGGCCAGUCCUCUCACCUGCUGGGAUCAAUCAGCAUAUCUGCAGAGCUGGGAGACACAAUUCACAGAUGAACAAGCCUUUCCUGCUGAGGAAAAGAGAAAAAGAGGAUGGACUACAGCCCUCAAACUUCGCUAGUCCCAUGUGGACAAGACAAAUAUAUUUCCAAGAAUGAACUUCUCCUGCAUCUGAAGACCUACAACUUGUACUACGAAGGCCAGAACCUGCAGCUCCGACACCGAGAGGAAGAAGAUGAGUUCAUUGUGGAGGGGCUGCUGAACAUCUCCUGGGGGCUGCGCCGUCCCAUCCGUCUACAGAUGCAGGAUGACAACGAACGCAUCCGCCCCCCUCCAUCCUCUUCCUCCUGGCACUCUGGCUGCAACCUGGGGGCUCAGGGCACCAUUCUGAAGCCCCUCACCAUGCCCAACAUUCAGAUCUCCGAGGUGGAUGCACCUGAGAGCGACCAGACACCAAGCCCCACAGACUCUAGGGGCCUGAAGCCUGUGCAGGAAGACACGCCGCAGCUGAUGCGCACGCGCAGUGAUGUGGGAGUGCGUCGCCGUGGCAACGUGAGGACGCCCAGUGACCAGAGACGAAUUAGACGCCACCGCUUCUCCAUCAAUGGCCACUUCUAUAACCACAAGACUUCAGUGUUCACGCCAGCCUAUGGCUCCGUCACCAACGUCCGCAUCAACAGCACCAUGACCACCCCGCAGGUCCUGAAGCUGCUGCUCAAUAAGUUUAAGGCAAGUUCCCCUGCUGUCUCUUUUUCUACUUAUGUGGUAAAAACCUCAGGCCAAACUCAGCACUGCCCAUGCUUGUGUGUGAUUUCAGAGAAACAGAAGCUGAAGACCACGGACUACCCCCUAAUCGCCCGCAUCCUCCAGGGCCCCUGUGAGCAGGUGUCUAAAGUGUUCCUGAUGGAGAAGGACCAGGUGGAGGAAGUCACUUACGACGUGGCCCAGUAUAUAAAGUUUGAGAUGCCUGUCCUUAAAAGCUUCAUUCAGAAACUUCAAGAGGAGGAAGAUCGGGAGGUGAAGAAGCUGAUGCGCAAGUACACUGUGCUCCGGUUGAUGAUUCGACAAAGGCUGGAGGAGAUAGCCGAGACCCCAGCAGCAAUCUGAGCCACAGGAAUGAGGGGAUCCAGACACCCCGGGGGCUGUCACCAACUAGAGAAGACACACAGGAAGCCAGCCACUUUCUUUCCCUGGAAACAUUGAAGCACAACGCUCUCUAGCUCCAUCAUUUGCUACAUGGAACAGGAUGGGGAAGCCAGCAGACAACUCCGCACCCCUAGAUCCCUGGUUCCCUCUUUUUCACUUGUAAGGACUUUUAUUUCUGUCUGGAGGACCGAAAGUAUGUAUGUGCGUGUGUGCAUGUGUGUGCACGCACGCAAUGCAAGUCUAUGUGCCUCACUGUGUUUUACACAUGCAAUUAAUUCCAAGCAACCAGCACUGGUGCCAUAAGGCUGGCAGAGGCGCUGUCCUGGGCAGAAGAGACAGAUGAGGGGCUUUGGAUGAAAGAAAUCUUUUUCCCUUCAGUGCCUGGGCAGUCACCAAAUUGGUCUAUGUGUGGAAGAAAAGAAGUUCCCAACCAGCUCACCCUUUGAGGACUUGUAAGUUCAAAGAAAUUCUCCUGUUGGGCACUGUGGUCAAGCCUGUAACCCUAUCUAUUCAGGAGACUAAGAUCUGAGUAUCCCUGUUCAAAGCCAGCCUGGGCAGAAACAUACAUGAGACUCUUAUUUCUAAUUAACUAGCAAAAAGCCAGAAGUGGAGCUGUGGCUCAAGCCAGAAGGGGCUCCGUGGACUGCUCCCACGCACUCAGUUCAAGCUCCAGUACUGGCACCCAUCCACAUACAAAUAAAUUCUCCCUGUAUGUCUUGAAGGAUGAGGUGAACAUAAAAUCCUUGGAAAUGAACAUAACAAUAGCCAAUUUGAUGGCAAGGAAAAGAUCAUGGGAUAGAUGCAAUGAGCUGACAAGUUUUUACACUGGAAAUGUUCAUUGAUCACUUUCAGUAAGAAGAAUGUGCAGUUGUGGAUGCCUGAAAAGAAUGCAUGCAGCCUCUGUCUACACUCCAUGGCCACUGUGAGACUCAGCAGAGCCUGCCUUUUUCACCCCGCUGCCAGUCCAUUUCCCUGGUGUCCCCUUGGAGUAAUGAAGGUCUCAGGAGACAAAAGUGUCCCCAUUGGCCAUGUGGGCCGAACUGGCUCGUGCUUAGGGCCUGACUUGAUCUGCGUUGGUAGACAGGAAAUUUCCAAGAUCCAUGCUUAGUGAAAGGGCAGGGUAGAGGCCACCUGUAGGGAGGGCAGGUGCCUGGGAACAGCCCAACUUCCCAUCAGGGAGAGCCUUCCUGCACUGAGAGCUGGGGCUAAGUGUUUGCAGUCAAGGUUUUAUUCUUCCCAGACUCUGGGUUCUUGAGAGUGAAGGCUUUCUCCAAGGAAGGUUUGCAGAGCUGGGGGGCUGAGGGCAGGAGAACCACUGGCCAGCACCCUGAGGGAAAGGUGGGCCUGUGGGAGAGACCCUUUCCUGCCCUAGGCACUCUCCUCUCCCCAGACAUGCCUGUGUUUUUGGCCUCCAAGGCCUCUUUAAAUGCCUCUCAGUUGUAGUUUCUCCAUGAAUUUUCAAAAAGAUAGCAUGCUGCCACUGGGCACAUUGCCAAGGAUCUCUUAACAAGCCUACUUCCUCCCCAGGGGCAGCGCCCCUUAUUCCCCCCAACCCUGGAGAGUUGAAAGCCAGAGGGGCUGAGUGUCAAGCACACACACACACACACACACACACACACACACACACACACACACACACACACACACACACACAC